UGUUUUUCCCUUUCAAAGCAAUACUGCAGCAAGAAACACAGUCAAUUGCCUCACAUCCUGUGUUUGUUGAGGAAGUGGCCCAGCCAACUCGUUAGACAGUCAGCCUGAGCGUUAGUUAACAGAUCACUGUCAGAUCAGCAAGAAAAGAGCAGCAGCUGGCCAAAACAGCAAGAAAAUUCACAUAGCUGAAAAUGUUACAAAGAGCAGCGUCUAAUGUGUCAGACAAAACAAGGAGCAACAAACCGAAGCGUUCCACAAGCUUCGGCAGGUUUGAGGGACUCAGACAUCACUCAUCACAUGCCAAAAUAGAGGAAAAUGGGACAACUAUGGUCAGAGAAGAGUGCGACAGUCCAGAUCCCGGCAGAUCAGCUGGACUCGGCAAAAAGAUGAAAGAGAUCUCGCUGACCAUGAGGAGAAAGAUGGGCAAAAAGCACGCCAAGUCACUUUCAGAGGAAACAGGGGAUGACACAGACAAAGACCCAGAAGCAGAGACUGAGAGCAGCCCAGCAGUUGAGAAAAGCUCUGCAAAGACGAGCAACUCCUUGGAGAGUCUUUACAGCGGCCAGAGCUCCUCCAGUGGCGUCACCAGCGAGUCCAACGGUUCCAGUAAGAGAGACAGCCUGAAGCUGGAGGAGGACGGCUCCUACCUGGGUCAGUUCUGCGGCCGGGCUCGGGUCCACACCGAUUUCGUUCCCAGUCCUUACGACACAGACUCACUGAAACUGAAGGUUGGCGACAUCAUCCACAUCAUCAGGAAGCCUCCGAUGGGCAUCUGGACUGGCAUGCUCAAUAACAAAGUUGGCAACUUUAAGUUUAUCUACGUGGAUGUCUUGGCAGAGGAGGAGAAAGAAGAAGAGGAGGAAAGUCCAAAGAUCAGAGAGCAGAAGCUGUGCAAGAGGCCACGACCUAAAACGCUGCUGGAGUUACUGGAGCGGCUGAACCUGGAGGAAUACGCCUCUGCCCUGUUGCUGAAUGGCUACCAGACAGUGGAGGACCUGCUGCACCUACAGGAGAAACACCUGAUAGAGCUGAACGUCAAGGACCCCGAGCACCGGCGGAAGCUGCUCGCUGCCGCCGACUUCCGCUACAUAGAAGGUGAUGAUACGAGCAAUGCAGAGGAGCACAGAUCUUCCCACGGCCAGCAGGAGGAAGACAGCGACUGUCCCAGAGACUCAGGCUGCUUCAUCCCGUCUGAGUGUUCGGAUACUAAGGAGGACGCAGAGCACGUCGCAGACACAGCGGAGGCAUGAGGCGCUUGGCUUAUGGCUUGGCUUGGAAUAUGAAGCCACACAUUUUUCCAAUAAUUCUGAUCAGAAGGACUCUGAGAAAUUUGGAAUAUAAAGUCACUUUUUUCCAAUAAUUCCGAUGAAAAAGAAAUCUAAAAAUCCUCUCAACAUGUAAUGUUUACACCUUGUGUUCUGACCUGGAGCUUGUACAAUGCGGGAGUGCUUUAUAAGAUGAAUGAAGAGGGGAUUACAGAACAGAUGUUCAAAGUGUAAUCUCAUCCUUGUGUUGCAUUAUGAAAGUAAAGUUUUCUUGAUGUCAAAGAAGUUAGUUUAUUGAUAUGAAGUCAGUUAUAUUUAUUAUAUUCCAAAUGAUCCAGUGUUUUGCCUGCAAUAGUUUUAAGCCUUUAUUUGUUACAGAUGAAUCACUUUUAUAUUUCCCAUCACAUCCAGGCCCAGCCCUUUGCAUUCACUCCUUCUUUCCUCUGAAUGUGGUGGUUCUGGUGAAUUUGUCUGGCUGAUGGUCUAUAUUACAUAUGUAUAUAAUACAUGUAUUAUUUUGAGCAUGAGUUUGAAUGAGAGUGUCUGUUUGUGUGUUUGUAAAAGAGUAAACCCUACGCUAAGUACAUAUGUAUUUAUCUGUUUUCACAACCUUUUGUAAAUAAAUCAAUAAAACAUAUAAAGUUAUAUUAU